AGACACCUUACAGCGUAAAAUGGCCGCUCUACCGGUGUCGGAAGUUCAACGUAUCGUUAACCCGCCAUUCCGAUAUCCCUGCAAUGAUUCAAACUCUCGUCACAAUGCCCCAAACCUAUCGUUUGAAAUGUCAAAAGCCGCCAAGCACUCCAUGGAUUCACCUCUCUCAAUUAACAAAAACGAUCUCUCGUCCCGUUAUGGUCCGCCAGACUCAUGUUCAUAUGCUCCUAUCGUUGAAUCUUGUAAAUGUCCCCGUUUUGGAAAACAGAUUCAUGCCCACUCCUUUAAAACUGGCUUCUGCAGGAAUGAGUUUUUAGAAACUAAGCUGCUGGAAAUGUAUGGUAGGUGUAGUUGCGUUGAGGAAGCAAGGUUGUUGUUCGAGAAAAUGCCACUAAGAAACAUUUACUCCUGGACUGCUAUUAUUACUGUUUUUGCUGACCAUUGUUAUCUUGAGGAGUGUCUUUCACUGUUUCAAGAACUACAAUUUGAAGAGAUUAGCUUGGAGUAUUUCAUAUUUCCUGUGCUUUUGAAGGCUUGCAGCGGUCUGGGUACGCUAAAACUGGGAAGGCAGUUACAUGGGCUUGUAAUUAAGAGUGGGUUUAUUUCGAACAUUUAUGUGGGCAAUGCUCUGAUAGAUAUGUAUGGCAAGUGUGGAAGCUUGGGAGAUGCCAAGGAAGUUUUAUCUAAUAUUCCCCAAAGAGACUGUGUUUCAUGGAAUUCUAUUGUCACUGGUUGUGCAGCUAAUGGUCUGGUCUUUGAGGCAUUAGAGUUGCUCAAAAAUAUGAUAUUAGAUAAUUUGUCACCUAAUCUUGUAACUUGGAGUGCAGUGAUUGGUGGAUUUGCACAAAACGGGUAUGACAAAGAAGCUUUGGAGUUGCUUCAUAAAAUGCAGGCAGCAGGGUUUAAGCCGAAUGCUCGUACCCUGGCAAGCAUACUGCCUGCUUGUGCCAGAUUGAAAACAAUAAGCCUUGGCAAGGAAAUCCAUGGCUAUACAACCAGGCAUGGAUUCCUGUCCAACCCUUUUGUUAUUAAUGGGUUGCUUGAUGCAUAUCGGAGGGGUAGUAACAUGGGUAGUGCUCUUACCAUCUUUUCAAAGCUUUCAGAGAGGAACCUAAUCUCUUUCAAUACUAUGGUUGUUGGGUAUUGUGAGAAUGGUGAGGUCGAUAAAGCAAAGAAACUGUUUGAUCAGAUGGAGCUUCUUGGGAUCAACAGAGAUAUUACUACGUGGAACUCAAUGGUUUCAGGUUAUGUAGGAAAUGGUAUGUUUGAUGAAGCUCUGCAGAUGUUUAGAGAUGUCCAGAUGGAAGAACAAAUUGAGUCGGACUCUUUCACCUUAGGGAGCAUUCUCGCUGUCUGUGCUGAAAUGGCUUCUCUGAAACAGGGAAAGGAGAUACAUUCUUAUGCCAUCCUUAGAGGCCUACAGUCUAAUCCCUUUGUGGGUGGUGCAUUGGUAGAAAUGUACUGUAAAUGCAAUGAUCUAGUAGCUGCACAAUUGGUUUUUGACGAGGUAUUCGAAAAGGAUACAGCAACAUGGAACGCUUUGAUCUCAGGCUAUGCCCGUUGCAAUCAAAUGGAGGAGGUUCAGGAACUUCUUCAUAACAUGAAAAUAGCUGGGUUUGAUCCAAAUACAUAUACCUGGAAUGGAAUUAUAGCAGGUUAUGUGGAAAACGGCCACAAUGAAUCAGCUCUACAAGUGUUCUCUCAUCUGAAUGCCUCAAAUUUAAGACCAGAUGUUUACACGGUAGGCAUAGUUUUACCUGCCUGCUCAAGGUUGGCAAGCAUUGAGCGAGGCCAGCAGGUCCAUGCCCAUGCGAUCAGAUGUGGCUUUGACAUCCAUAUCCAUAUUGGGGCAGCCCUUGUGGACAUGUAUGCCAAAUGUGGAUGUCUAAAGCGUGCACAGUUAGCCUUCAAUAGGAUAUCAAAGCCCAAUCUGGUGUCCUGGAAUGCCAUGCUUGCUGGAUAUGCUAUGCAUGGAAAAGGAAAGGAAGGAAUCACUCUCUUCCGUGAAAUGCUGGCUCAUGGUAUCAGACCAGAUGCUGUGACCUUCCUAUCUGCACUAUCUUUGUGUGUUCAUGCUGGGUCUCUUGACCUAGGCAAACAGUACUUCGAUUUGAUGCCUCGUUACAACGUGGAGCCUUCAGUAAAACACUACACUUGUAUGGUUGAUCUCCUCAGUCGUGCAGGGUGUCUUAGUGAAGCUUAUGAGCUUGUUAAAAAGAUGCCUGUGGAACCUGAUUCUGUGACAUGGGGUGCUUUGCUUGGUGGCUGUGUUAUCCAUAGGAAUGUUGAAUUAGGGGAAAUUGCAGCAAACUGGCUAAUCAAAUUGGAACCACAUAAUACUGCAAACUAUGUGCAGCUAGCAAACUUGUAUGCUUAUGCAAGGAGAUGGGACAAUCUUGCCCAGACAAGGCUGACUGUUAAGGACAGAGGAAUGCACAAGAGCCCAGGAUGCAGUUGGAUCGAAGAUAGAUAUCAGAUCCAUGUGUUUCUUGCCUGUGAUAGAUCUCACAAUAGGACAGAGGAGAUAUAUGCUACAUUGGAUAAUUUGACCCUUCAAAUGGGGUCAGAAGGUUAUAGAACUCAUGUAAGUGGAACAUUAUAGCUUGGUAUUCAUAGCAAGUAUCACAUACAACUGUAUAUUGUAUGCAGCUUUCCCAGAAAUCUCUGAAAAACACAUUUUUACUGA